AUGUGGAUUGCUCAUCUGGAUCGCCUCCCCACAAGGAGCCGUCUUGCCAGUUGGGGUCUAAACACUCCAACAACCUGCUGCCUCUGUGAUACUCACUUGGAAUCAAGAGAUCACCUUCUUCUUCACUGUGAAAUCAGUGAGCAGCUUUGGAACCUUGUCUUGCAUCGCUUAGGGUAUAGAUCUUUCUACUUCCACACAUGGACAGCUCUCUCAGAAUGGCUCUCCAUCAGUGAUCAGACCUGCCCUCCUUUGCUCCGGAAACUGUCUGUUCAUGCUGUGAUAUACAGUUUAUGGACAGAACGUAACAGAAGACUGCACGAUGGGACUGCAGUGACUCCAGCAACACUCUUUAAGCUGUUGGACCGCUUCAUUCGAGACGCUCUUCUAGGACACAGGAAACAACGAGCAUUCCAACCCCUCAUGCGUCUUUGGCUGCAGUACGAGUAG